AUGACAGAGCUGAAUUUAGUUUAGGUGGACAACCCCACCCUCGAAAAAGAGUACUAGUACUUUAAGAAUGUUAGUCCUAAGGCUUCCAACAAGUCAUCCAGAUAGUAAUAUCUCAAGGAACUAGAAGAAAUCUUCAAGAUGUCUGAUCGCAAGCAUGAUGGUAUGAUUGACAAGUAGGAAUUCAGGAUUCUUAUUAAAGGUUACUUCGAUAUGAAAGGCAUCUGUGCAACUAAGGAGAAUUUUGAUACUUAUUUUGACAAGCUAGAUAUUAACCAUGAUCAGAGAAUAAGUUUCCAAGAUUUUGUUAGAUUCAUGGACUAGGUCACCGAAAACGAUAUUAUACCUUUUCUUUCAGAGGAAAUGCAAAACAGAAAUCUUUUUUAAGAUUAUAAGUAGUCUAAUACUUCCAAUAGUCAAUGA